AUGGCCUCGUUGAGAGGUAAACACGGAUAUUUCGAAUCGUGUUCAACUUAUACUGAUAAAGAAAAUUACUUUUUAGUUGAUUCCAGAUACGAGAUUAUCAGGGUUUUAGGUAAAGGCUCGUAUGGAGUUGUUUGUUCUGCAAUAGACACUAAAAGUUUGAGCACCGGCCUCGAGCAUAAGAUUGCAAUAAAGAAAGUGACAAAGAUAUUUACCAAAGAUAUCCUUUUGGUUAGGGCAAUCAGAGAAUUAAAGUUUAUGAAAUUUUUCAAGGGUCAUAAGAAUAUUGCCUCAUUACUCGAUUCGGACAUUGUUUACGUCAAGCCAUAUGAUGGUCUUUACUGCUUCCAGGAGUUAGCGGACCUUGAUUUAGCAAGAGUUUUGUAUUCCAAUGUUCAGCUAUCGGAGUUUCAUAUUCAAAACUUUAUGUACCAGAUUUUAUGUGGCCUCAAGUAUAUUCACUCAGCAGAUGUUAUCCAUAGGGAUUUGAAGCCAGGAAACAUUUUGGUAACCACGCAAGGGACACUAAAAAUUUGCGAUUUUGGUUUAGCACGUGGAAUAAGUCCCAAGUUUUUCAAGAAUCGAAGUGCUACAAUCACCAACUAUGUUGCCACUAGAUGGUAUCGUGCUCCCGAAUUGAUAUUAUCUACCAAAAACUAUUCAAAAGCAGUUGACGUUUGGGCUAUGGGAUGUAUACUUGGGGAGCUCUUUGGAAGAAGACCACUUUUCCCUGGGAAAAACCUGCAUGAACAGAUACAUGAAUUGUUUAAAGUUUUGGGCAGUCCACCUCCAGAAACAAUAAAGAAAUACAACUGGAAGAUUGAGGGGAUUCUGUGGGUCAAAUACAAACCAGUAAAUUGGAGAUCAAUAUACCCAUUCGCCCCAACUGAAGCAAUCGAAUUGUUGGACAAUUUAUUACAAUGGGAUUGCAAAAAGAGAUGCAAUGUUGACGAAAUUCUUGAGCAAGAUUUUUUCAAGUAUGUGAGAAACGUUACCGAAGAAGCCAGCAGCAGAUCUUUAUUUGAUUUCAGUUUUGAGGAGAAAUCGUGUAGUUUGCCUCGGUUAAAGGAAGUAUUAGAGGCGGAAGUGAGUGAUUUUACCGAGACAUGCAACAUUGGGGAGUGUUGA